AUGGAGGUCGUCUACCUCGGCGUUGCUCUCGUGUCCUUGUGCAUUGUGCUUCUUUACAGGCGCAGGCGCUCGGCAGGGAACGAGCCGCCGGGGCCGUGGCAGCUGCCGGUGAUUGGUAGCCUGCACCACCUCAUUGGGCAGCUGCCCCACCACGCGAUGCGUGACCUGGCCCGGCGUUACGGGCCGGUGAUGCUCCUUCGGCUCGGGGAGGUGCCCACGCUGGUGGUGUCGUCCAGGGAGGGUGCCCGCGAGGUGAUGAAGACCCACGACCUGGCAUUCGCGACGCGGCCACUGAACGCCACCCUGCGCGUGCUAACCGGCGGCGGCCGGGACCUUGUGUUCGCUCCGUACGGCGACUACUGGCGCGAGCUCAGGAAGAUUGCCGUCUCGGAGCUCUUAUCGGCGAGGCGCGUCCUGUCCUUCCGCACCAUCCGAGAGGAGGAGGUCGCCUCCAUGCUACGGGAUGUCGCAGGAUCCGCGGCGGCCGCACGCCCCAUGGAGCUGCGCGCCCGCCUCUCAGCGCUCGUCACUGACAUCACGGUCCGCGUCGUCAUUGGCGACCGGCUCAAGGAGCGCGACGCCUACAUUCGCUGGCUCGAUCUCUCAGUCAAGCUGGUGGCCGGGUUCAACCUGACGGACCUGUGGCCGUCUUCCUUGCUGGCCGGCUGUCUCAGCAGGGCUGGGCGCCGCGCCAAGGAGUGCAGCGACACCGGGAACCGCAUCUUUGACACCAUCAUCCGUGAAAGGAGAAUGGAAGGACGGAACGGGAACAAGUUUCUGGACGUCCUUCUAAGCAUGCAGAAAGAGGGCAGGAUCGACAUGGACACCGUCAAAUACAUGGUCUUCAUACUGACAUACACGGUUAACUGCAUAAGAGACAUCAGGCCUGGUGAUAGUGAGUUGAGCAUACCAACACGACGCAACAAGUCCAAAGAAUACUUCUUCCGAGUCAGAGUCACCCCAGAAGAAGGCCGUGACACCUCCAGGCCAAGGAAGUAA